AUGAAGUUUUUGUGCCUCCCGGGCGCCUUUGGAAGCAUUGACAAGUUCAAAGUCCAGCUGGCGCCUUUGGUGAAAGAACUUGAGGGCGAUCAAUCUGCCUCCUUCCACUUCGUUCAGGGCCCCUACGAGGUAGCACCCCCAGUCGGCUACGAAGAUUUCUUUGGGGGACCACCGUAUUAUCGCUUCAUCGUCCCUUCGGGCGCGAGCGAAAAUACCACCGAUGUCAUUGAGCGCAUCCGUGACUUUCCGCAACUAGAGACACCCGAGAUGACUAUGCGUGAGCUCAUGACGUACGGAGUUGCCAAGUCGGACGAUAGUGCAAGACGCACAUUGGAGUACCUGUAUGAUAUAAUGGACAAAGAAGGUCCUUUCGAUGGUAUCAUGGGCUACUCUGAGGGGGCAACCAUCGCCGGUACUGUUUUGCUCCACGAACAGGUGAGGGAAGAGCUCGAAGGAAGGACGCCAAUGUUCAAAUGCGCCUUGUUCUUUGGCGGAUGGCCCCCAAUGACACCAAACCUCGAUGGCAUGGUGCUCUCAGACGACAGUGAUCUGAUGAUCACUGUACCGACAACACAUAUCAUCGGUUCUUUAGAUCCGUAUUUGCAUGGGAAUAUCGCGCUUUACAAUGUGUGCGAUCCGGACAAUGCAUUCAUAUUUGACCACGCAAAGGGCCACACGUUGCCUCGAGAUAGAGGCAUGGUCAAGGAGCUAGGAGACACAGUACGCCGUAUGAUUGAGGAGGUGAGGGGCACUCGUUCUCCUGAGUAA